GGCAGUGAGAAACGCGCGGAGGGGGAGGGGCACAGACGGGGGGGCUCGCUAUGGAUACGCAUAUGGCGAAGUCCGUGGGAGGGGUACGGCAGUCCCCCUUUCGGCAUGAUGCGUUGAAAGGGAGAGUAGCUCUCAUCACGGGUGGAGGGUCGGGUAUCGGGUUGGAGGUAGCACGGCAGCUAGGGCUCCAUGGCUGCAGCGUAGCAGUCAUGGGCCGCAGGCGCCAAGUUCUGGAGCAAGCCUGCAAGUCGCUAGCUGGUGUCGGAAUUGAGGCUGUCCCUACUUCUGGUGAUGUGCGCAAUCCAGCCGAUGCAGCGAGCGCGGUGGACUUUGCUUUGCAGAAAUUUGGCCGUCUAGAUAUUCUCAUCAACGGUGCAGCGGGGAACUUUCUUGUUCCUGCAGACGAACUUUCCACCAACGGGUUCAAGACAGUGAUGGAUAUCGAUGCCGUCGGGACCUUCACGAUGUGCAGUGCGGCAGUGAGUGCCCUGAAGAGGGGGGGCAAAGGAAGGGAUCCCGAUGAAGUUGGUGGUGGGAUCAUAAUCAACAUCAGCGCGACGUUGCAUUACACGGCAGCAUGGUAUCAAAUCCACGUAUCGGCGGCGAAGGCAGCAGUGGAUGCACUGACUCGGAACUUGGCGCUCGAGUGGGGGCAAGAGUAUGGGAUCCGGGUAAAUGGGAUUGCGCCGGGCCCAGUCGGGAACACGCCAGGCCUGCAGAAGCUGAAACCGGAGGAAGUGGGGUUUGAUGCAGCCCAAUUUAUACCCGUGGGGCGAGUCGGGGAGGCAUGGGACAUCGCUAUGGCUGUUGUAUAUCUGACGUCAGAAGCAGGGUCAUGGAUCAGUGGUUGUACGAUGAUCGUGGACGGCGGAAAUUGGCUUUUCAAGCCACAGCUUGUGCCAAAGGAUGUGGUGAAGGCCCUCUCACGAAAGAUCGAGAAACGGAUGAAGGGUGGUCAGGGUGGAAGCCGAGAGGGCCGCAAUACCUCACCGGAGCAAUCGCAGUUGGACUUACAUGGGCGUGGAAGUGGUGCGAGAGGGAGUCGCAAAACUAUGGACGUAGGAAGUCAGGGAGGAGCGAAAGGCGAUGAAGGGGGAGGAGGAGGAGGAGGAGGGGGAGGAGGAGGAGGAGGAGGAGUUCCAUGGCGAAAGGAGAGCGGGAACAGAAGUGGAGACGGGAGCGUGAGGAGAGACAAACAGCACAGCAGGUUGUAGCUGUGGUUGCAGUCCUGCCUCUAUGUCACCACUCUGUGGUUUGCUGCUGCGCACUGGAAGGUAGACAUCCCUCCUUCAGUAUCCUCAACAAGAUUGUUACUGACAUCAAUGCAAAUGCAUAUGUUUUUUUCAAGAAACAGCCAAUUUGGAGUUUUGUAACUUCUGUGAAACCUUCCUCAAGUGGAUUGUGGGAAAGGAGGAAGAAUAUACUAAUUAUAGAAUGUUCAUUCUGUGCAGAGAAGCCUUAGUUAGGUCAUGCGUGUGUGUAUCGUUGUCGAGUAGCUUAACCUGGCAGUAGUUACGGAGCACGGAGAAUUGAUGAACAAGGAGCAGCAAGGGAAGUGUUAUGUUUUUGCUGU